AUGCACUGCCGUGGUGGUCUCCCUUCUUUCUUUUCUUCCGAGGCCUGCCGUGGCGGCCCCCUUCAUUCUUUCUUUCAGAUGCACUGCCGUGGCGGCCCCCUUCUUUCUUUCUUUCAGAUGCACUGCCGUGGUGGCCCCCUUCUUUCUUUCUUUCAGAUGCACUGCCGUGGUGGCCCCCUUCUUUCUUUUCUUCCGAGGCCUGCCGUGGCGGCCCCCUUCAUUCUUUCUUUCAGAUGCACUGCCGUGGUGGCCCCCUUCUUUCUUUUCUUCCGAGGCCUGCCGUGGCGGCCCCCUUCAUUCUUUCUUUCAGAUGCACUGCCGUGGUGGCCCCCUUCUUUCUUUUCUUCCGAGGCCUGCCGUGGCGGCCCCCUUCUUUCUUUCUUUCAGAUGCACUGCCGUGGUGGCCCCCUUCAUUCUUUCAGAUGCACUGCCGUGGCGGCCCCCUUCAUUCUUUUCUUCCGAGGCCUUUUUUGGAGGCCCCCUUCAUUCUUUCAGAUGCACUGCCGUGGUGGCCCCCUUCAUUCUUUCAGAUGCACUGCCGUGGCGGCCCCCUUCAUUCUUUUCUUCCGAGGCCUGUUGUGGCAGCCCCCUUCUUUCUUUUCUUCCGAGGCCUGCUGUGGCGGCCCCCUUCAUUCUUUCAGAUGCACUGCCGUGGCGGCCCCCUUCAUUCUUUUCUUCCGAGGCCUGCUGUGGAGGCCCCCUUCUUUCUUUCUUUCAGAUGCACUGCCGUGGCGGCCCCCUUCAUUCUUUUCUUCCGAGGCCUGUUUUGGAGGCCCCCUUCAUUCUUUCAGAUGCACUGCCGUGGCGGCCCCCUUCUUUCUUUCUUUCAGAUGCACUGCCGUGGCGGCCCCCUUCUUUCUUUCAGAUGCACUGCCGUGGUGGCCCCCUUCAUUCUUUUCUUCCGAGGCCUGUUGUGGCGGCCCCCUUCAUUCUUUCAUAUGCACUGCCGUGGCGGCCCCCUUCUUUCUUUCUUUCAGAUGCACUGGGGGGGGGGCCCCCUUCUUUCUUUUCUUCCGAGGCCUGUUUUGGAGGCCCCCUUCAUUCUUUCAGAUGCACUGCCGGGGGGGCCCCCUUCAUUCUUUUCUUCCGAGGCCUGUUUUGGAGGCCCCCUUCAUUCUUUCAGAUGCACUGCCGUGGCGGCCCCCUUCUUUCUUUCUUUCAGAUGCACGGCCGGGGGGGCCCCCUCCUUUCUUUUUUUCCAAGGCCUGGGGGGGCGGCCCCCUUCUUUCUUUCUUUCAGAUGCAAGGCCGGGGGGGCCCCCUUCUUUCUUUUCUUCCUAGGCAUGCUGGGGCGGCCCCCUUCUUUCUUUCUUUCAGAUGCACUGCCGUGGUGGCCCCCUUCUUUCUUUUCUUCCGAGGCCUGUUGUGGCGGCCCCCUUCUUUCUUUCUUUCAGAUGCACUGCCGUGGUGGCACCCUUCUUUCUUUCUUUCAGAUGCACUGCCGUGGUGGCACCCUUCUUUCUUUCUUUCAGAUGCGCUGCCGUGGUGGCCCCCUUCUUUCUUUUCUUCCGAGGCCUGUUGUGGCGGCCCCCUUCAUUCUUUCAGAUGCACUGCCGUGGCGGCCCCCUUCUUUCUUUUCUUCCGAGGCCUGUUGUGGCGGCCCCCUUCAUUCUUUCAGAUGCCCUGCCGUGGUGGCCCCCUUCAUUCUUUUAUUCCGAGGCCUGUUGUGGCGGCCCCCUUCAUUCUUUCAGAUGCGCUGCCGUGGCGGCCCCCUUCUUUCUUUUCUUCCGAGGCCUGUUGUGGCGGCCCCCUUCAUUCUUUCAGAUGCACUGCCGUGGCGGCCCCCUUCUUUCUUUUCUUCCGAGGCCUGUUGUGGCGGCCCCCUUCUUUCUUUCUUUCAGAUGCACUGGUGUGGCGGCCCCCUUCAUUCUUUCUUUCAGAUGCACUGCCGUGGUGGCCCCCUUCUUUCUUUUCUUCCGAGGCCUGCUGUGGCGGCCCCCUUCUUUCUUUCUUUCAGAUGCACUGCCGUGGCGGCCCCCUUCUUUCUUUUUUUCCGAGGCCUGCCGUGGUGGCCCCCUUCUUUCUUUCUUUCAGAUGCACUGCCGUGGUGGCCCCCUUCUUUCUUUUCUUCAGAUGCCUGCCGUGGUGGCCCCCUUCUUUCUUUUUUCUCGGAUGCCUGCCGUGGUGGCCCCCUUCUUUCUUUUCUUCAGAUGCACUGCCGUGGUGGCCCCCUUCUUUCUCUUUUCUCCGAGGCCUGCCGUGGUGGCCCCCUUCUUUCUUUCUUUCAGAUGCACUGCCGUGGUGGCCCCCUUCUUUCUCUUUUCUCCGAGGCCUGCCGUGGUGGCCCCCUUCUUUAUUUCUUUCAGAUGCCCUGCCGUGGUGGCCCCCUUCUUUCUUUUUUUCAGAUGCCCUGCCGUGGUGGCCCCCUUCUUUAUUUCUUUCAGAUGCCCUGCCGUGGUGGCCCCCUUUCUUUCUCUUUUCUCCGAGGCCUGCCGUGGUGGCCCCCUUCUUUCUUUUCUUCAGUUGCACUGCCGUGGUGGCCCCCUUCUUUCUUUUUUUCAGAUGCACUGCCGUGGUGGCCCCCUUCUUUAUUUCUUUCAGAUGCACUGCCGUGGUGGCCCCCUUUCUUUCUCUUUUCUCCGAGGCCCUGCCGUGGUGGCCCCCUUCUUUAUUUCUUUCAGAUGCACUGCCGUGGUGGCCCCCUUCUUUCUCUUUUUCCGAGGCCUGCCGUGGUGGCCCCCUUCUUUCUUUCUUUCAGAUGCACUGCCGUGGUGGCCCCCUUCUUUCUCUUUUCUCCGAGGCCUGCCGUGGUGGCCCCCUUCUUUAUUUCUUUCAGAUGCCCUGCCGUGGUGGCCCCCUUCAUUCUUUUUUUCAGAUGCACUGCCGUGGUGGCCCCCUUCUUUCUCUUUUCUCCGAGGCCUGCCGUGGUGGCCCCCUUCUUUAUUUCUUUCAGAUGCACUGCCGUGGUGGCCCCCUUCUUUCUCUUUUCUCAGAGGCCUGCCGUGGUGGCCCCCUUCUUUAUUUCUUUCAGAUGCACUGCCGUGGUGGCCCCCUUUCUUUCUCUUUUCUCCGAGGCCUGCCGUGGUGGCCCCCUUCUUUCUCUUUUCUCCGAGGCCUGCCGUGGUGGCCCCCUUCUUUUUUUCUUUCAGAUGCACUGCCGUGGUGGCCCCCUUUCUUUCUCUUUUCUCCGAGGCCUGCCGUGGUGGUCCCCUUCUUUAUUUCUUUCAGAUGCACUGCCGUGGUGGCCCCCUUCUUUAUUUCUUUCAGAUGCACUGCCGUGGAGGCCCCCUUUCUUUCUCUUUUCUCCGAGGCCUGCCGUGGUGGCCCCCUUCUUUCUUUUUUUCAGAUGCACUGCCGUGGGGGCCCCCUUCAUUCUUUUCUUCAGAUGCACUGCCGUGGUGGCCCCCUUCUUUUUUUCUUUCAGAUGCACUGCCGGGGUGGCCCCCUUUUUUUCUUUUUUUUCCGAGGCCUGCCGUGGUGGCCCCCUUCUUUCUUUCUUUCAGAUGCACUGCCGUGGUGGCCCCCUUUCUUUCUCUUUUCUCCGAGGCGUGCCGUGGUGGCCCCCUUCUUUAUUUCUUUCAGAUGCACUGCCGUGGAGGCCCCCUUUCUUUCUCUUUUCUCCGAGGCCUGCCGUGGUGGCCCCCUUCUUUAUUUCUUUCAGAUGCACUGCCGUGGUGGCCCCCUUCUUUAUUUCUUUCAGAUGCACUGCCGUGGUGGCCCCCUUCUUUAUUUCUUUCAGAUGCACUGCCGUGGUGGCCCCCUUUCUUUAUUUCUUUCGGAUGCACUGCCGUGGUGGCCCCCUUCUUUCUUUUCUUCAGAUGCCCUGCCGUGGUGGCCCCCUUUCUUUCUCUUUUCUCCGAGGCCUGCCGUGGUGGCCCCCUUCUUUCUUUCUUUCAGAUGCACUGCCGUGGUGGCCCCCUUCUUUAUUUCUUUCAGAUGCACUGCCGUGGUGGCCCCCUUCUUUAUUUCUUUCAGAUGCCCUGCCGUGGUGGCCCCCUUCUUUCUUUCUUUCAGUUGCACUGCCGUGGUGGCCCCCUUCUUUCUUUCUUUCAGAUGCACUGCCGUGGUGGCCCCCUUCUUUCUUUCUUUCAGAUGCACUGCCGUGGUGGCCCCCUUUCUUUCUCUUUUCUCCGAGGCCUGCCGUGGUGGCCCCCUUCUUUAUUUCUUUCAGAUGCCCUGCCGUGGUGGCCCCCUUCUUUAUUUCUUUCAAAUGCACUGCCGUGGUGGCCCCCUUCUUUAUUUCUUUUAA